CCAGCCGCUCCCUGUGCCCACCCGGCUGCUGCUGAGUUAGUGGCACGGAGCUGAGCUCUCGCUAUCCACACGGUGUCUGUAGUGCAGGCAGUUAGCUGGCCGCCUUAGCGCGGGGUCCUCACACACAGCGGACGGCGCUUUCAAGAUGUCGACCAAGAAUUUUCGUGUCAGUGAUGGUGACUGGAUCUGCCCGGAUAAGAAGUAAGGAUCUGGCUCCCCGAGAGCGUCCAUAUCCCUGGCAGUAGGGUAUCUACCCCCGGGCUGCCGAAAGCGCCCUCUAUAGGGGUAUUAACCAGGAGCCCGGGCUGGGGCCUGCUGCCUGCGUGUGUAUCCUGAGGCCUGGGCUGGGCUGGGGUAGGUAGGCCGGGGGCAAUUCAUAGCGGUUAUAGAGGGAACCAGGGCUGGGGUAGGUAGGCCGGGGGCAAUUCAUAGCGGUUAUAGAGGGAACCAGGCCUGGGGUAGGUAGGCUGGGGGCAAUUCAUAACGGUUAUAGAGGGAACCAGGGCUGGGGUAGGUAGGCUGGGGGCAAUUCAUAGCGGUUAUAGAGGGAACCAGGGCUGGGGUAGGAAGACUGGGGGCAAUUCAGGGGAGGUUAUAGAGGGAACCAGGGCUGGGGUAGGAAGACUGGGGGCAAUUCAGGGGAGGUUAUAGAGGGAACCAGGGCUGGGGUAGGUAGGCUGGGGGCAAUUCAUAGCGGUUAUAGGGAACCAGGGCUGGGGUAGGAAGACUGGGGGCAAAUCAGGGGAGGUUAUAGAGGGAACCAGGGCUGGAGGAGGUAGGCCGGGGCAAUUCAGGGGAGGUUAUAGAAGGAACCAGGGCUGGAGUAGGAAGACUAGGGGCAAUUCAUAGGGGUUAUAGAGGGAACCAGGGCUGGGGUAGGAAGACUGGGGGCAAAUCAGGGGAGGUUAUAGAGGGAACCAGGGCUGGGGUAGGAAGACUGGGGGCAAAUCAGGGGAGGUUAUAGAGGGAACCAGGGCUGGGGUAGGAAGACUGGGGGCAAAUCAGGGGAGGUUAUAGAGGGAACCAGGGCUGGGGUAGGAAGACGGGGGGCAAUCAGGGGAGGUUAUAGGAACCAGGGCUGGGGUAGGAAGACUGGGGGCAAAUCAGGGGAGGUUAUAGAGGGAACCAGGGCUGGGGUAGGAAGACCGGGGGCAAUUCAUAGGGGUUAAAGAGGUUACUGAACAGGGCUGAAGUACGAAGACUAGGUGGGGAUUGGGGGGGACUGAACCAGGGCUGAAGUCACAGUGCUUGGUAUAGGUGGGUGUGGCAGGUUGGUACACGUGUGUAAUACAUCUAGUUACUGAAGGUAUGUGUCACUGAAAGACAAGGUGGGUAAGUGAGGUUUGAGCGUUGCCACUGUAAGUCAUGGCCCAGAGGUAGGUCACAGCCUAUACUGUACCACAAAUUACAUACUGUUUUGGCAGCCUGGCUGGCAAAACAUUAUUACAUUUUAAGGGUUUUGUUUACUGUUUUUCACCAUAUGGGGUAGUUUUAUUUUUAAUAGGUAAAAGGAUGGGGCAAGGAACAGGCCAUAGUGCCCCUUUUACCAUCUCAGUCUUAUAAAUGUUAUGCUUAAAUGUAUAUUUUCCUAAUGUCACUUGGUCGGAAACAAAACAAAGUAUAAUUCAGUAGCAAGAGAAACAUUUUUGCUAUUGCAUUUACACAAAGUAAUAUUGUAGCACUCUUACAAUUUAUCAAUGUAGUCCUUGUAUACUGGUUGUAUCAAGGAUUACAAAGCGUGGUAAGAGGGGCUACAGCUCUCUAUUUUGUAUUAUACCUUUCCAGAUGGGUGGAUGAAGGGUACAACUCUCCAACUAGUAUUGGGCUAUGGCUAGGUUUUGGAAGGUUUUAUAGUGGUUAAAGUCUCAUUGUUCUUAAGUUUUUACUAGGAGCAUGCAGUGCAGCAAAAGUCCUCAACUAUGGCUGCAUAUUUCCUGUCCAUAUUAUACUUCAUUGAACCACGUGUAAUAUGUAACUGUGACAAAAACUCACUCUGGUAGUUUGAGCUCCAGGUCAAAUUGUGUUUUUCAAUAAUUAGAUCCAAUUUCCUCUUUUAGCAGGGAGUAUGAAGGCUGGAGAUCCUUGUAAUCUGCCUCCCCUAAGUUGUCCUCCCAGUACCCAUCUGCUCUACAUCUUUGUCUCCUCCUCAGGCCUUGAAUCUAGUUAGGAAAAUUUUGUCUUGGCUGCUAGUGAUAGACUGAGGCUCCAUCCAGUCUUUAUCUCCCCCAAGGAGGCUUAGCUAAGCUCUGAUGUUCAGGGCCAGCUCAUUGGCUGAGAGCGUCAGCUGAAUGGUCUGAAUACUUUCUGGCAACAUAAUCACUAGAGUGGGCUGCUUGGAGUGUUUCUUUAAGUCCUUAAAAUGGAACAAUUGCAAAAUGUUAUUAGGUGUAUUUACCUCUGUAAAUUUGUUUUAUUUUUUUUACAGGAAUUAAACACGCCAUUAAAAAUGUAUAUGCACUUUAGUUAAUAUACCCAACAGAAAAUACGCAUGUCAUUUGUUUUGCAUGUUUUUGUUUGAGGCUGUAUAACAUAUUGGCUUGCAAUAGCUGCAGAAUGUUUUACUUAUUCCCCACCACAGGUUGGUGCCUGUUCAAUCUUUAUUACAGCUCAUUGAAAAUGCUUUGCAAAUCAAGUUCUCUGUACAAUUUCUUGCUUAUUCAGUUAUGCGCCACUGAGCUAAACUACCUGUAAGCAGCAGGACUAGCUAUCUAAUUGAGGUGUAACAAGGUUCAUUUUUAAAAGUGCUGAUUUCUAUUUAAAUUGGUGUUUGUUUUUUUGUUUUUUUUUUUGUUUGUUUUUAACAUGGGUGGGAAGAGGGCAUACUCUUCACACUUAAAGCUCUUUGGCUUAAUGAAGUUUGUGUGCAAAAAAAAAGUUAAUCAAAAGAGCACUCCAAAACAAUACAUUUUAUGAAAGAUGUCCUUGUUUAUUUUGUAGGUGUGGGAACGUUAACUUUGCCAGAAGGACUAGCUGUAACAGAUGUGGACGCGGUGAGUUUAAAAAAAAAAAAAAAAUUAUAUUCUUGUUAGGUAUAUAGAUGCAUAAUUGAUGUCUCGACAGUUGGUAUUUCUCACAUGCCGCAAUGGAGGUGUAAUUUAGAGGUUUUGGUAUAUGUUGCUUUGCGUUUAAUGUAGAUGUUCAUGUCUUCACCAUUGUUUACUGCAGUGGAAAGCACUGUGCUGGUGGUAUGUCCAACUUCUAAUAAAGGCUAGGCACAUGCACUCAUUUUCUCUUGCUAUACUACACCAUGGUUUUCUUUUAGAUGGUAAUCUUUAUUUUUAAGUAUUAGAGAAGUCUAUCACUGUUACUGUUUUGGUAAGUCACCAGGUUUUUGGAAAUGGUAGGCCAAAAUAUCUGAGUUUGGAAAAAUUCUUAAAUUUAGGUAUUUUUUUUUUUUUAUAUAACUAGUAUUUUGAUCCAAAAUUUAUAUUUUCUCCUCAAUUCUAGACAGUACAUGUUUUAUCGAAUAACCCUUUGGAUUCAUAUAAUUGUUUUUGGCUUAAUGUAUAUAUUUACCAAAUCUAAGAAAGUUACAAAACAAGAGUUGCUUCAUAAACUGAGAUUAGUAAACAGUGAAUUGCUGCUCUAUGUGAUGUUCAGUGGCAUCUUUUAAAGCAUCGUCACCACCACUCUCAACACUGCUUAGUUCAGUGAAACGAACCAUAUACUCCUGCUAGGAAACUCUGGAUACAGGGCUGUGGUAAGUUUGUCAAGCAUUUCUAAAACUAGAACUGUAGCUAUUAUAACUGACUGCAUUUAUAGCAGCACCAUUGCACUCAAUACAGCAAAUUCCAUUUCUGCCACACUGGAUGGCUGUCUGAGCAGUGUUUGUAGCUGUAUACAUACUUAAAGGGACACUAUAGUCACCCAGACCACUUCAGCUCAAUGAAGUGAUCUGGGUGCCAGGUCCCUCAGGUUUUAACCCUUCAGAUGUAAACUUAAACUGCUAUGUUUACAUUUGUGGUUAAUCCAGCCUCUAGUGGCUGUCUUCUGGAAUUAUGCAUCCAUCGCACAGAGCGUCCAUAGGAAAGCAUUGAGAAAUGCUUUCCUAUGGAAACUCAAAAUGCGCGCGGCAUUUGCCGCACAUGCACAUUCGACUCCGCUGAUGGCGGGGGAGGAGAGGCCACCAGAGCCCACGCGCUGGAUUAAAGUAGCUGAAGGGGAUUUAACCCCUUCAGUGCCACGUGAGGGGGACCCUGAUGGUGGGGGCACCCUCAGGGCACUAUAGUGUCAGGAAAACCGCUUUGUUUUCCUGACACUAUAUUGAUCCUUUAAAUUGACAUCCAUACUGCUGAAGGGGCAUGGGUCUACCUGGGUCAAGAAGAUAUGAACACAGUCUUCUCCUAACUGUGAUUGGUUAUGCUAAUUUUAUUUUUUUGUUUUUUCUUCAUUGUAUACACAGAAAAAACAACUGAUGCUAAAAUGAUGAAAGCUGGUGGUACCGAAAUAGGAAAAACUCUUGCAGAGAAGAGUCGUGGCUUGUUUAGUGCUAAUGACUGGCAAUGCAAAACGUAAGUAAUUUAAAUCAUUCUAAAACAAUGUGACUAGUUUGAAUAGGAAGAGCACUAGGGCAUUCCUAGCUAGAGCGUGCUCUAGUGAUUAUGGUGCUUGGAGUGUUCUUUAAACAGGGAAACAAGAAAUGUGGUUCAAACUAAAACAUAACCUUUAAAUUUAAGAAGGGCAUAGGUACCUUAAGUGGGGAAAAAAAUGAUUACUUUAAAACUCGACAAUAAGAAAAAAAGUCCACAAUUAACUAGUGACCUCUAGUAAGAUGUUAAUAUUGCAUAUGCAAUGAGUUAGAUGAUAGUUAAUCUGAUCUCCAAAAAGGUAGCCCUAUGAAUACCAAGAGAGAGGUGUAAUACUUCUAACAGAUUAUGGAAGGUUAGAUAAACACAAGCCUGAACUUUGAAAAGGUAUAACCAAGAUGUGAAAUUACCCAACCUUGAAAGGGUGGUUACAAAAAGAAUAUGGAUAAAAGGUAAAGAUGACCCAAAAUACUGGAGGUGGUUACACAUGAUUAGUUGAAAUGUUACCAGCAGGACCCCAACCCUAAAAAGGGUGGUUAAAGCAUUAGACUCCACCUAUAUAAAGGUGGUUACAGAUUGAUUUCUCACAUAGAUAAAGCUUACUGUACAGUACAUUUAAAAAAAAAAAAUCCAGAGUUUGAAGGAAAAACGUUUGCCUAUAUUGACUGUAAUACUAUUUGUUCACUAAUUAUUGACUAGAGCAGGGGUACCUUUGACAUAGUAUACCAACAUCGUGGAACCCCAAAAAACAUUUUGCGCCAUAGCACAAACAUUUUAAUUAGCAGUGUGAUAGGUGUGUUUUUUUUUUUUUUUUGUAAAUUUUGCUUUUUGGUAUACAUACAUUCAUUUCUACAGAUGGUAAAUUAGGAGCGGGUGUUUGUAUAUAAUAGCAUUUUAAAGCAGGGGUUUGUAUGUUAUGUUUGCAUUUGAGUGCAGUUGUAUGUUUGGCUGUAGUGUUUUUUAAAUGUGGAUGUACAUUUGUGUUCAGUAUUGGUGUUUGUAUAAAAUUCUGAGUGUUUGUUUUUUUUUUUUUUUAAAUUCAGGGCUGUUUUUAAUGUAAUGUUUGGGUUUGCGUGUUGGUGUUUGGUGGGAUUUAGGCACAUACACUACCACAUACAUACUUACAGAUAUACAUACACAUUAACACACAGCUACACACAUAUAAACACCUUGAGACACGCACUGACACAUACACACAAUGGCUAAAACAUACCCAUACAUGUUAAAGUGUUUUUAUUGGCAGCAACUGUCCUGUUCGCUUACCUUGUGUCCAGGAGGAUGGCUUGUUUGGGGCUCUGCUCCUGGCUGAGGCUGAUGGGCGUGAACAUGCAGCAGCUCACUCCAGCCUCUCCUCCUUCAUCACUCCAUUCCUCUCGUUUUGUGAAGCUAGGAGGAAUGACAAGCUGUCACUCACAGUUGGCCGAUGCUGCAGGGGCCCAAUCAUGUUCUUAAAGAGCAGAAGCACCUGAACCGGUCCCUAUUUAGCAGUAAUACCAAUCCAGUGGCCCAAAGUGCACGGGUCAUCCGAUGGGCAAAUUGCGUCGGAAGCUUGGUUUUGUUCUCGUGGAACCCCAAUUGGGAAACACUGGUAUUGGUAAACCCAUUAAGGAUUUCAAUACAAAGUAUUUGGACUUGAAAGUUGCUUCAUCUGGUGUCAGUAAUUGAAAUAUCAGUUGACAUUUGCUAUUUCAUGAAAUGCCUGUAAUGACAUUAGGCUUCCACUAGAUGUCACUAAUCAUUAAACUAGAAAUGCUAAUAUUUAUCUCUAAGGUAGGAUAAGAGUUGGAUACUAGUUCCUGAACACUUGUCAGCCAAUCAAUGUUCCUACCACUAAAAAAACAAAGUGAGUAAAGAAAUUUGAAGAAACUGUCGCCAAGUCAAGCGUGAAUGAAGGGUUCCCUUUUGUAACCACCCUUGCAGGGUUCGGUAAUUUCAUUUUAGUAUUCAUGGUACUACCUCUUUGGAGACUUGAUUACCUGUUAUCUAACAACUCUAUGCAUAUGCAAUAUUAACAUCUUUCUAGAGGUCAUUAGUUACUUGUGACCCUUUUACUUGAUUAGUGAGUGUUUAAAUUUUUGUCACUAAGAGUAUGCUUUUUUUUUUUUUUUUUAAUUCUGAUUCAGAAUUAAAAAAUGGUCUUGUGACUCAAUGAUAACGUGAAUACAAACCCAUAACACCCAUUAUAAAGUCUCCGCAUAUGCGGAUGACUUAUUAUUUAUCCUUACGAAUCCAGAAACAUCUCUCCCAGCCCUAACGAAUGAGCUAUCCUCCUACUCCAAAAUAUCAAACUUUAAAGUCAAUUACGACAAAAACGAAAUCUUACUAAUAGCAACAACAGACAAUGUGAUUAAUAGAAUCAAAACAACCUUCCCUUUUAAAAUGGCCACAUCCCACAUAAAAUAUCUUGGUACUAAAAGAACCCCACUGACACGAGACCUAUUUAACGCCAACUACAACCCUAUACUGAACACUAUAUCCAGAGACCUACAAAAAUGGAAUAAACCACAUUUCGCCUGGAUAGGGAGAAUUAAUAUAAUAACAAUGAACAUCCUACCCCGCUUAUUGUACGUCUUCCAAACAGUACCAAUACGAGUCCCCCAAGUAUUUUUCAAAUCGUUAUAAAAAACCCUCACAGACUUCAUUUGGAAUAGAAACAGACCGAGAAUUGCAUUCACCACACCCACUAGUUCGAAAUCCAAAGGUGGACUGGGACUCCCAGAUCCACACACAUACUACCUAGCAACACAACUAACAAGGAUCAUAGAAUGGUGCAACCCAGAGAGUAUAAAACAUUGAAAGGCCCUAGAACAAGAAGGGAUCCCAUUCCACUGGCAACACUGCCAUGGCAGAUAGAAAGAUCACAAGAAACGUGCCCCUACAAACACCCCGCCAUAGGACCACUACUGGAACUAUGGGAUAAGCACGCACACAAACUAAACCUUAAAAGUGAGAUUUCUCUGCUAAUAACACAUAACCCAGCAUUCCCUCCCGGGAAAAAAAGGGCUUUAAAUGGUUGAAAACCUCACAACCCGCGAUUAUCACACUUGGAAACAUCACAGAACGGACAACUGAUGCCUCUUGCAAACCUGAGUGAACACCCACAACACUCCUUCUUAGCCCAUUUCAAAAACCACCAGAUUCUUACCAGAAACAAAUACUUACUAACACAAACCAAUCGUACCAGAUUCGAGGAUUGGUGCACACCACCCACCACAAUAACCAGACCCCUCCCCUUAAUUCAAUCUCUAAUAACAGAGGAAUCCCAAAAAACACUACCUAAAUUUACAACCGAAUGGACUGAGGAACUAAAUACAACACUCACUCCAAACGAUUGGGAAAAAAUAUUCCUAUCAACACACACAAACUCACUCAACAUACCCCUUGUUGAAAUGAACUACAAAUUAGUCACAAGAUGGUAUAGAACUCCAGUAAGACUACACCACAUAUACCCAUCAAUAAGAUACCUGCUGGAGAUGCCAAAAGGCAAGAGGCACGUACGCACACAUAUGGUGGGAAUGCCAAAAACUGAAAGAUUACUGGACAGUCCUCUUAGAAGCCAUAACACAAAUAACAAAACCACAAACUUUUGCUGAGGUUUUCCUCCACCUGUCACAAAAACCAUUAAAACACUAUCGUAAAUCAUUAGAACAAUACCUACUAACGGCUGCUAAAGCCUUAAUCCCAAAUACUGGAAACAAGAUAACGCACGCACGGGUGGAACAGAUUAGACUGGUGGAAGAGCUCACCUAUUCACUCAAAAACCAGUAUAUGACAUAUUAUACAACAUGGGAACCAUGGACAAUAUAUCUCAAAUAACACCCCACAACAGAGGCCAACCGGGACGAAGGCACCUUCCGAAAGGGAGAGAGAAGGGGGUAACAAGGGAAACAUAAACAUCAGCCGAUAUCUGACAAACCCAUUUAAACUGAGACUAUACUUAACAAUAAACAAUAUUAAACCAGCACAGAGAACCAUUUGUAACAAUGGUACAAAGCAGGCUUAAAAGCAUAGACUUAAGACUAAAUGCAAGAGCCAGACCACCAAAAAGGCUAAACAACCCACAACCGUAACAGGAUGCCAUAACCCAUUUUCCCGGUCCUCUAUCCUCACGCACCGAUCACCAACCCCAGGUAACCACAUGAACUAACCCAUAACCCACUCCAAUCCUCCAUCCAGGAGUCUCAAACGAACAAUAAAAGGGACACAGGGUGACAAACCGGCAAGAUAGUGCAGGGACCUACAAAGGCAGGCAGACCACAUCAGACUUGUAGUAUAUACAAUCCGGGGGCACACUUGACACCUCGACAAUUAACUCUACACAAGGUUUGAUAUGAAGCAACAAAUGUAAACAGCGCUGAUAAGGCAAUGAACAUGCAGUCUUCGAUUAGCUAAUAUCUAACCCGUGUUAUAAUUUCAAUGUAAUGGUGAAUGAACCUAUUGGGCUGUUCUGUUCACCCAUGAAGAACUCAAUAAAUUGCCAUACCCCACACCCCCCGCUUCCCAAUUACCAAAAUAACCCUUGGUUUGUUUCCUACCCCUUCCUCUCCCUCCUUACCUUACUAGGAGAUGUAGAAAAGCUGUUUACUUGAUUUGCAAACACGGAUGUAAAAUGAAAACGCCAGUAUGCUUAAAGGUUGCUUCAACCUGAUGUACCUUUAUGAUGUACAACUUGAAAAAAAUGGUCUUGUGGUGUACCAUAUAUUAAUAUCUAAUUUACUUUUGUGUAUUAACAAUCAUUGUUCUUUAAGCAGGGUGGCAAAGCAUGCAGUCUUUUGUGUUUGGGCACACACCUUCUGCACAGCUGUGACUGCAAUAUUUGGCAUAUUUUUACAUAUUGGAUGAACUAGUUAGACAUGUUAUUGCAUUAAAGCAAAUUGAUGAUUUUUUUUUUUAAUUUAUUCCUCUUUGUCAGUUGUGGAAAUGUAAACUGGGCCAGGAGAUCAGAGUGUAACAUGUGCAACACUCCAAAGUAUGCCAAACUGGAGGAAAGGACUGGUAAGUGAAUUUUUUUUCCUUUUUUUCUUUGUCUAGACUGCUGCUUGGUCUUAACAUUGAGGGGUGACUAGUUGGGUUAUUCACUAAAGUGAGUGCAAAUUCAACAUGAAUUUCAAAUGUAAGUUUUAAAUUGCUAAAUUUGAAGAAUAAUUUUUUUUUUUCUAAGACAGCUAUUUUCAGUUUGGUUACUUUGGCUUAAAACGUGGAAAAUCUCCUUGAAUCCUCCAUGUAGCAUCCUGAUCAUUUUACUGAUUUUACAAUACAAAAAGCAGCCAUUAUGUUUUGUUUUGCCUUUAUGAAUGCAUAUUUAAGUCAGAGUUGGUCACAAAGUUAAAAUAUUCAUUAGCUAUCUGAACAUCUUGAAAUUAAAGUAUUUUGCCUACAAUGCUUUGAUUCUUCGUGAAAUAUUGUUCCCUCCAUUUUGUAUCAUGUAAAAACUUUAAUCUUCUCAGGUUGUUAUUUCUUUGUUUUCUAAUUUAUACAUGAUUAAAUCUGGAUUUUUAAUUUUAAUAUUUAGGGUAUGGUGGAGGAUUUAAUGAGCGAGAAAAUGUGGAAUAUAUUGAACGUGAAGAGUCAGAUGGGGAAUAUGACGAGGUAAAUAAUUUUUGCAGCUUUUGGUGUUUUGUUUUUAAAUUUGAAAGCACUUUCAUUUAAUAAUUUUUCUGAUGACAGUUUGGACGUAAAAAGAAAAAAUAUCGUGGAAAACCACCUACAGCCAAGUCUGGACUGAAGAGUAAUGAACAAGAUGCUUGUCCUCCAGAAGAAGAUGAUGAAGAAGAAGAAGGGGCCGAUCUCUCAAAAUAUAAACUGGAUGAUGUAAGUAGUGAAAGUUUUGAAGUUGUUUUGUUAAAUACACAGUAGAGGCGUGGAAUUUUUCAUCCUAUGUCACUAGCCAGGUCUUAAAAGUUACUCGCCACUGCAUUCCUAGUGGGUCCGUUGAUAAAUUUAUCCUCUCCAAGACUUCUAGCUUCAUAACCACUACAGCUAAUUUGAGUAGUAGUGGACAAAAAGAUAUCCCAGCAACCCGCUGGUUACAUCCUAAUGAGGACGCUUUUGAGACUUUAUGGUGUGAUCUUAUUUGAUAAGCCGAAUGCCCUAGGGAGUUGAUUUACCCUUGUCAUAUCACAGAUUACCUGUUUGGCAACACCAUAUUACCUUUAGGACUACUUGUGAUGCUCAGUGACAAAGACUGUUUGUAUGGAGGGACAGUUUAAUUUUUACAACUUUACAUUUGUAUUUAGGAUGACGACGAUGAUGAUGAUGAAGAAGAAGAUGAAGAAGGGGAUCUAUCAAAAUACAAUCUUGAUGCCAGUGAAGAAGAAGAUGACAGUAAAAAUAAGAAACCAGUGUCUAGCCGUAAAUCUCAUUCCCGAUCGUCCCGCUCCUCUUCUCACACAAGCUCAAGGUCUAGGUCCAGGUAAACGGGUACAGAUCAAGGGUAAAGCCGGGAAAAAUGUCAGUAUCUACUUUAACUUUCUUUACUUUUAUAUCAAUAUGUUUUAUGUCAUAAUGACUUGGCUUUAUUUACACUCAAAUGUUUGUGUGUCUUUAAUUUUUUUCAUUUUAGUACUUUUAUCUUUUGGCUGUAGGUUUUUUAUCCAAUAACCUCCUGCAGUACCUUUCAAGAAAGCAUAUUCAUAUCAAUUAUUGGCAAUGUUUGCCUUUAAAAUUCUCAUGAUCUACACUCUCUGUUUUAAAGGGAAACUGUAGCUGAAAUACACGGUGGUUCUAAAUGUAGAAUCAUUGUGUGCGGUAUUCACUAAUUUCAUUAAAUGUUUCCAUCCCUCAGCAGAAACUAGAGCUUCAAAUUUCUUGUGAACUACUUCAUAGGGCUGGAGAGGCCAUUUAUAUUGGUGUUCUUCUUUUCCUGCUACACUUCUGCUCCAAAUAGGGAGUAUAUUGCAUUGCCUGCACCAACAUGAUGAUAAAACUGCACAUUUAUAAAAUUGCCAUCUACUUGUUGGUCCAGUGUUUUAAAAGGUGCCCAGGAAUAAUAUUGUCCCGUUUUAGAACUGUGGGUAGAUAGGAUCACAAUAUGCACAGUCGGGAACUUUUUUUAUUUUUUUUCUUCAAUGUACUAUUACCGACAUGGAAACGUGGAUUGUGCUAGUACUCAUAUCUUGGCAGCCAUUCUGAACUGACACCAUAGGCUUGUUGAGCUGAGAGUUAUCAAAGAACUGGUCACACCUCACUGGUGGGCUUGUGUUUUAUUUUUAUUUUUAAUAUAGCAUUAUUGCAUGUAGCUAAUGUACUACAUUUGCUAACAUUUAUAUAUUGCACAAUGGGUAAAUAAUUGGCAUCAGCUUAUGUACAAAAUGAUCUUCAUAACCGCUUGUAUAGUGUGUUCCUACAGAGAUCAGGGCAAUGUGUUCUGAAUGAAACUGCCUCCUCCCCUGUAUUUUUCAAACCUUACUGAAUAACCUCGCUGACAUGACUUGUUUGCAUGAGGAUGCCUUUUUAGAACAAGGGGUUUUUUUUUUUUUUUUGUCCCCUACCUGAAUGAGCUAUGAUAUCUUAGAACGUGGAAACUGUUUUUUUGAGCAAGCUUCUGAGUAAUGGCUCCAUCGGAAAAUUUGUAAAAGCUUUUCACUACUUAAAAAAACAAAGUGAUAGACCUUAAACACUUUAAAACUCUUCACCCGCUUUCUUAAGGUUGCAUUUAGGUAUCGGCUUAGAAUAUAGUUUGGUUUGUUACAGCUACAAAAAUAAUGAAAUGAUUUGAAGGUAAUCAUUAAUAUAUUGUCAUUUUGAAAGAGGGAUAUGUAAUAAAGAAACUUGUGUGAUAUUAGGUGAAUUAAAUCCCACCAUUCUCUUUUUAAAGCGUGUGCUUGUAGUUAUUAAAAACAAAUCUUAAAUUGGUAAAAUACUAAACAUUUGCUGUGCUAUCUGAUGGUCAAACUGUGUGCUAUUUAUCAGUAUUGAAUUCACCUAAUUGUUAAUUUUGUGGUUGCUGACAUUUUUAGUGUAAUCCACAUAAAAUCGUUCAUUGAAACACUUCUGGUUUCCAACGGUUUUUAGUCAUUUUAACAUUUGCUAAUGACUUGCAUGACUCCUUUCCAUUUUCCUUUUUUAUAUAUAUAUAUAUAUAUAUUAUAUUCCAUCCACCUUCUAAUUUUUAUUAGAGUAGAAUUUAGACAAUACUGCCACACUUAUUAUGUCCCGGUCAGCUUACUGCGGCACCGUUACCCACCACCUCAAAACAGAGUAUGUAAUAAAAAAUAAAAAAAUAAAAAAAAAAUAAAAAAAUAAAUCUUUAUGAAAUACUCCUUUUUGGAUUUUUGCUGAAAUUCCUAUCCAGUCAAGAGUGUGUGUGUGUGUGUGUAUAUAUAUGUGUGUGUGUGUGUGUGUGUGUGUGUGUAUAUAUAUAUUUAUUCCUCCACAGCCCUCAAUGCUAAAGUCUUGCACAUGUGUGAGAGUUCAGCAGUGAUGUCUGCUUCUGGCCCUGAAGUGCCGCUAGCUGAAAAGGACAUGCUGGGAGAAGAUGGCGAUGUCAGUGAGGGACAGUUAAGUAAAGCUCCCCUUUGACCACCCCAGUGCUCCCACCUCCCCGUCGUGUGGCUUUUGCAAAGUGACUUUAAUGUCCACUGAUUAUGUUGAAUGUUUCACGUUAGUUUGUUAGCCGCUAUUUCUUAAUCCCUAAUAUUUUUUUGCAGGAUUUGUAUUCAUAACAAUUCUAAAACACUGUAGGCACUAUAAACAUUUUAUCUAAUUGAAUUGAUUAUAGUGCCUGUCGUUCCUUAGCGCUGUCAUUUCAUUCAGUGUUAAACCAAUUUAGCGCAUCAAUGGCUUCCCACAGUUUGGCCCCAACUGGAGGGAUGACUAAUCUAGAGAUUACGCACUAACUUAUGCAUACCAAUUUAUACUAUCAAUGGAAAGCUGAAAGAGAUCAACUGAUACUCUCAAUAAACCACUGCCACCCAUUGCUGCUAAGGCUAAUCUCUUCAUUAGCCUGAGCAGCACAGAGGGGACUGGCUGCUAGGGACUCUAGUGUGGCAUUAAAACUGGUUCAAUGCUGUACAGAAAGAGAGCCUGGGGAAUCCCGAAGCCAAAAUAACUCGUGAGAUAAAUCCGGUAUAGUGUUUACAGUUUCCCUUUAAAUGUCAAGCUCUGGCAUAUUUUUUUUUUUUUUUUUUAUAAACAUAGUCUGUUUUCCCAGCUGUAGACGUGUAACAAAUAGUUCUACAUUGUAUAAUGUUUAAGCAAUCAGUAGAAGUGGAAAAAUCUGCCCCAUGUUGUUUCAGGUCUCGAUCAAGAAGCUCUUCCAGUUCCCGCUCAAGAUCUCACACCAGCUCAAGAGAACCUUCUAAAUCUCGUGGGUCGAGAUCAAGGUGAAUGGGGGGUAGCACUCUCUGAUGCAAAAAGAGAGCAAGUUUUCCAGGAUCUCACUAGGCCAGUGUAUGACAGUCCACUCCAUUUGCAUCUUUUUAGAACCUUAAAAGGUUAAAGUCUUGCAAAGUCUAGCAAAGCUUACAUUUGCCAAGUUGCAUAAUUUAUUUAUAAAGAAAUUGUAUAAUUGACCAUUUAAAAAUUUUUUUUUUUAUAUAUAUAUAUAUAUAUAUAUAUAUAUAUAUAUAUAUAUAUUAAUAUUAAAAAAAAAAAAAAAAAAAAAUCUGGAAUCCAUAAAUUCAAGCAGGUUAUCUCAAACCUACUAAUAAUCCAGUUUAUAGUAAUAGAGUGAAAUUAGGGCAAUAGGUCCAAAAAGAUAAUCCCAUAAUGAAUUUGCCCAGGUUGUCAUAAGUGGGAACCAGUGACAACUAAUAUAUUCUUGGAUUCUGCCCUUCUACAGAAAUGUACAAACCUUCCACGCAAAUACACUUCCUGCAUUCAUAUUCACUAGCUCUCCAUGCUGGGGACAGAUACAAAGACAAACUCCUUGCCUUUGUGGCGGUAAAGGAACAUUAAGACCUGUAGUGUAAUGUUUUAAAGCUCCUGUUACUUGUGGUUUUUUUUGGUUGGCAAAGACUCCACCAAAGUAUGACAUGUCUGCUUACGUAGCCUGGGAGAGACAGGAAUAUUUAUAAGCUCAUGUAAACCUCUCAUUGAUUAGUUUUAAUUUCCUGACUUUUCGAUGUAACAUUUAAGGACAAUUUUCCACUAAAAUGUCUUCCCUUCAUUUUUUUUGUUUGUUUUUUCGAACACUCUAUUAUGGGGAAAAACCUUGAAUGUCUGGUUGACAGGUCAAAUUAGCAUUUCAUAUAUUGUUUAUAAAUUGGUACCUCCUGAGGGAGGUAACGUGUAUAUUAAAGGGGAAGGGGGGAGCCAUGUAUAUUAAAGGGAAAGUAUUGUGUUUUUUUUUUUUUUUUUAUUCCUAAAGGGAUAUUCCAGACCCCUAAACAACUUUAGCUUGCUGUAAAGCUUUGUGUGGAGAGUAUGUCCUAUUUAUUUCUUUAAAAAAUAAAUAAAAAAAAUUGCAGAUUUCAAUAGAAACUGACACUUUCAUAAAUUUAACUGGUUACACACCCUUGACUUUCACACAGACAAUACAUCCUGUUACUUUCUGGUUUGGUUAGCUCAGCGGAGAUAAACUCAAGAUGCAGCAAUCGUUCAGAGCACCUGCCUUGCAAAGAUUUCUCAUUGAGUUACAUUCGGAAGUCUGUGAUUGGACAGCCACAGAAAGUCUGGGCGGGGUUGGAUGGGGAAGGAUUGCAAAGGCAGAACUGCACUUUUGCAAGCUGCUUUUAGAUAUACUGCAAUGAAAAAAGUGCAUCAUUAAAACCAUGCAAAUUGUAAUUUAGGAUAUACCUACUAAACAGUGAUUUUUAUUUAUUUUGUAUUUGGGCACUGGAGUGUAACUUUAACGUGAAAAUGGAGUUUGUAUGUUAACAUAUUCCUAUCUGCUACCUACGCGUGUCUUUUCUGAUAACUGCACACAGCUUGACAUAAUUUUCAUUGGCGCAAAAGGUUUAGCUAUUUUACCUGAUAUGUUAUUUAAAAGUUCAGAAGUGUGAAUUUAUUGUAUUUAACACUGUUUCAAAAUAAUUGUUAGAGAACUGAUUAACUUGUUCUUGUGUUUUUAAGGAAAUAAUUCCUUUUUGUUUUAUUACCAUAGUGUUUAUUGACUGAUUUCCUGCAUUAAAUUUUAUUCAUUUUUAAUCAAUAAAGAUCCAGCUCCAGGUCCCAAAAGGACUCUCGUUCUCCGAGAAAAAGAUCUUACGCCAGUUCCCGAUCUUCAUCUCCCGAGAGAGGCAAGAAGAGAAGUCGCUCUAGAUCCUCCUCUGGUGACCGCAAAAAAAAGAGAUCAAGAUCACGGUCUACAGAAAGGUUUGGGUUACUGUAGAAUUAGAAAAAAGGUUGUUUUUGUGUUAAUGUCAAAUCAGAAAUCUUGGGGAUAUUUGUUUUUAAAUUUUUUUAAAAUUUUUUUUUUUUGUAAAUGAAAAUUUGUUAACAUGGACAUAUAUCUAACAUAUUCAGUAUAUUUACAGCGUAUUAUGUUUCGACCUCUGUAUUUUCGUUGUAACAGUUUUGUCAAAGUUGCACCUGGCAAGCAUUUUAUUUAUUUUAUAAAUACAACAUUUUAUAACUUCUUGUGGGAUUUUCAAUUCAUUUAGUGUUUUUUGGGGUUUUUUCUGUGACAUUAAACUUAUUCCAUGCAUGAAAUAUUUAGCCAAUACCUAACCAAUGGGUGCUUUUAUUAAAAAAAUUUGUAACGCAAUAGUAGAAUAAAUGAUCCAUUAGAUAUUUGCUAGUUCUGGUAUUGUGGGUCGGUUUCUGAAAACUGUGUGUGUAUGUGUCUCCAUUUACCUAUCUGAGUAGAAGUGUGACACAUAGUAGCAAACACACUCGAAACUGCUUUUGUUUGUUUUUGUUGGGUUUUUUUUUCCCUCAAUCCGUUGCAAACUUUCUGAUUUGUGUUUUGCAGACGUCGAGGUUCAUCGUCUGGAUCAUCUCAUUCUGGCUCCCGUUCUUCGAAUUCCAAAAAGAAAUAAUACACUUUUAGAAAAAACCAUAUCAAUUCCAGUGUAAUGCAUGAGGCAACAUCAGAAAAAAAUAGUCUUAUCUGAUGAAAAGUGGCAAAAAAGAUCAAUUGAUAGUAGAGGUGCAUGGUCUUUGUGCUUCCUCAGCUACAACUGCAGCAAGCUUUUCCAUAUAACAAUAGCAUUUUAAGCCAUAAGAAAAACUUUUAACCCUUUUGUUCUUGGAAUACAGUGCAACAAAUCGCCAUUGCCUUUUCUUUAUCCAUUUUUUGUUUGUAUAAUUAAUAGCAUGAUGUGAAAUGUGAAUAUUUUCUUUAGAAUAAUUAGUGUGCCCAUAUCUCCAACCCACCUUUUCUUUUCUCUUAAUUUUUCUUCCUUAUGGCUUAAAAUGCUUUUUUUUUUUGUGUUCCUCCUCAAAACUAGAUUUAUAAAUGUUGCAGGCCUAUUGGUUCUAAAGAAAAUGUAUAUCAACUGGUGGUAUUACAAGGUAAGUAUUAGGUAUUUAUAAUAAGGACAGAAACAACGUUUCAUGACUUAAAUGCCCAGAAUUAACAUUUAAAAAAAAAAAAAAAAAUCAUCAUGUCUACCCAGAUUUUAGAAAAAAAUACAUUUCAGUUGUCAUGACCAGGCCCCCUCAUCCUAUAUUUCUGUGCUACGGGCAUACUGUCUGGUACUGAAAGUCUUUACAACAAAACUCUAGCAUCUUUUCAUUAAAUAGUGAGUUGACAGUUUUGCAAUUUCAUCCAAAAUAGACAAGUUGGGGGAUCUGCAAUUUAUAAUUUUUGGAGGAUUUCCUCUUAACUCUUCUACACUGGCCUAAAUUUUGGAAAUAUAUCAGCUUGCUCUGUGAGGAAUUCAUUUUUUAUUACUUUGUACUUUCAUUAAUCUCUGCCCUCCCCCACACAUAGCCAGAUGUAUUUUUUUGAUCUGUAUUCCUACCAUGAAUGUAACUUGUCACUCAAAAUGUAAAUUGUAUUUGUGCCUAUCGCUACUCUUUCAAAUCUGUGCAGAACUUCUUAACCACGUGUUACUAGAAGCCAUCAGUAGUCUGUCCAUCUUUGUAUACAAAUGUGUGCUGACAAGGUGAGCGUUUUUACCAUUCUAUUACAGAGGACACAAACAUUUGUUGAAAAACUCAAUAUUAUUGUUUUGCUGGGUUUAGCAAAAAUGUAAUUCAUUUUUUGGGGGAUUUCUUUUCUGUAGAAAAUAUGUAAAUAAAGAGAAACUGACUUGUGUACCCAGCACAUUUUGUAUCUGUAUUCUAUUAAGCGGGGAUCAGACUCCAAAUAUCUGUCAUUAAGAUUGUAAGUAAUUUCUCUUACAAGCAUUUUAUGUUCUUAUAUUACUAAAGUUAAAGAGAAACUAUAUAGUCACCAAAACCAG